AUGAAGGAUACGGAUGGGCAACAUGCAUCAGCAUUUAAGAAAAAUAUUGUUUCGACUUCACCAGGACCUGAAGAAGAGGCAGAAAAACCUGUGAAAACUAAGACUGUUUCUUCCAGUAAUGGAGGGGAAAGUUCGAGUCGCAGCGCAGAGAAACGGGUAGCUGAUGAAGAAGCUGAAGAUUUCACCACAAAGCCCGCUCCUGCCAAAAUGUCCAAAUUUGGAUUUGCCAUAGGCAGUCAGACAGCAAAGAAGGCACCUGCAAUAUCCAUCAAACUUGGAGCAAAUAAACCUAAAGAGCCUGCUCCUACCCUUGCUCCAAAAACACUUUCUGUAGCAGCAGUGUUCAAUGAAGAUGAUGAUAGUGAACCAGAAGAAAUGCCUCCAGAAGCAAAGAUGCGCAUGAAGAAUAUUGGAAGAGAUACACCAACCUCAGCAGGACCAAAUUCUUUCAACAAAGGAAAACAUGGAUUUUCUGAUAACCAGAAGCUAUGGGAACGGAACAUAAAAUCUCAUCUUGGAAAUGUCCCUGAGGAGGAUGACUAAAUAUCUGUUGAUAUAUUGGUGGAGGGGGGAGGGCAGGGUGUGACAUUAAAGGAACAGUUUCCUUUUUUUAAGAAUGGUCUGAGAUUUACAUUUGGAACCACUUUUUCUAAGGAAUGAGUGGUACAAUAACUGAGUUUGAAAUUAGAGGUAAUUUAUGUUUUGUAUACAGAUUUCAAGGCAUUUGCUAAUUUUGUAGUUAUGUGAUUAGUUUCAAAAGGUUACAAAUAAAGAAAUUGGAAGUGGUACUUUUUAAAUUUUUUGUGGGUCAUAGCAACUAAUAUGGUAAGAUGGACAAAAAAGGUUACUGUCUCUUUAAGAUUGUUGUUGGAUGCUACUGCACUCUGGCUUCUAGCUCCCUCUUUCAUCAGAUAAAUAUGUGGAUCCUAAGAUCGCUGUUAGAGAGGGAGCAGUGCCUUGUGCUAGAAGUAUUACUGGGGUAUUAAUUUGAGCAUAAAUUUAGACAGAGUAGAAAUCUUAAUUCCUCCCAGUCACUUUUUGUUCUUCACAACCUAGGGAUGGUGUUGCUCUGACUAGCCAUGGUAGCGGCAUUAGCUCUAAUCUUCCUUUGAAACCUUAUGUAAAGUGUGUAAUAGUCUCUGUGGUCUAGUUCAUCCUAAGGAAGGCAUCUUAGCAGUAUACUAGGUCCAGUCUCUAAAGAAUAUUCACUACAAAGGUAAAUCAGUAGUUUCAGUGUGCUCCUCAGUUAGUAGUAUAAAUAGUGCUUGUUAGCAUUUCCUUCUGAAUUAGAUAAGUAGCUACUAAAGCAAUUAUCAAUAUAGAAAAGCCGCCACCACCAAAAACAUAUGUAACUUAUUUGGAUUAAAUAGCUUCCUUAUGCCCAAAGGGAAUAAAAGCCACACCAAAAAAUUCAAUAACUUUGUUUUUGUACUUUUAUGCAGUAAGAAGCCCUUCCGUUAAACACUCUUCUAGAUGCUAAAAUAGGUUUGUGGCUUCAAAGGAUAGUAUCAGAUUUAAGAUAUUUGUUACUGAAUUACUAGUAUCUUUAACAGUUCUUAAACUUUCAGUAGGCUGUUAAUUUUUGCACCUGGUUUGAACAAUGACAGUCAUGGGUGAGCUUCAUUUUUAGGAUCUCUCACUAGUAGUACUGUGCUCUGUUAGGAUUUCAAACCCUGAGGGCUGUCUAAAUUCUGUUAAGCUAUUUUCAUUUAGAUUUAAAACAUUGAGUCUGUGUUUAAAAAAAAAUCUAACUACAUGUGUUUUUAGAGCCCGAGGUACCUGAUACUGUCUGCUAGUACAGUCAUCCUUCAACUUUGCAAUUGCUUGUAAAACGUACUUGUUCUUGAAUAUUCAUGAACAGAAUCCAUCUUAACUGCUUCCUCCUCCCCUUAAUUUCUUUCCAUAUGUUAAGUUGAGUAUAAGUGGAGGAGAGACGAAAGUGCAUUUUUAUAGGAUUAGAAAAGCACUGAUUACUUGGACUCUUGAGUUUGUAAGUUCUAAAAUUUUUGUAUUGUGUAGUCUUUUCAUUUGAAGUCUUAUGCAAUUGAAUACAUGUAUCUAUUUUCUUUAAAAGCUUUGUUAUAAAUGUAACAUAAAAUAUACUUUUUUCAUAG